AUGGCCGAACCACACAUUUUCCCCACACCGUUCGUGGUCUCUCCGAUAGGCGAGCACACGCACACGCUCAUCCUUCUCCAUGGCCGAGGUGACAGCGGGCCCUCGUUCGGCUCGGGCCUGUACAUCGCCACCCCCUCCAGCGGGUUUAGCCUGCCGUCGCUGUACCCAGGCCUCAAAUUCAUGUUCCCGACCACGGCGGUGCGCUACUCGACCACGUUCAGGGAGGACAUGAACGAGUGGUUCGACACGGCGUCGCUCACCUUCCCCGAGGAGCAGGGCCACCUGCAGCGAGAGGGCUUGCGGGAAGCUGUGAUCCACCUCUCGGCCCUGAUCGAGGCCGAGGUGCGCAACGGUAUCCCGCACGACCAUAUCAUCGUCGGAGGCAUCAGCCAGGGCUGCGCAACCGCCCUGCACGUGCUCCUUGCGCUCGGCCAUCAGCUCGGCGGCUUCGUGGGGAUGAGCGGGUGGUUACCGUUUGCCAGCAACAUCCGGGAGAUCUGCGGACUCGGGUCCGGCGCCGGACUGAGGGCGUCAGCGGCAAGGCCGAAUGAUACCGACGACGAUAGUGAGAGCGAGGAGGAGUAUGAGGAGGAAGAGGAGGAGGAGGAUGAGAAGGCCGGGGGCGCCGAGGCCGAUCAUAUCGAUGCUGUGGAGGCGUUGGCGUUCGUGAGGGAGAAUUUGUCGAUGCCGCCGCCGCCGUCGGGGGUCUCGCCGCUGAAUGCUCUCAAGACCCCGUGUUUCCUCGCCCAUGGCGAUGAGGACGAGACUGUGGACUACAAGCUGGGAAGGAAUAUAUACAGUGCGCUCCGACACGGACUAGGGAUGGACGUUACGUGGAAACGAUACAAGGAGUUUGGACAUUGGUACAAGGAGCCAGACGAGAUCGAUGAUAUUGUGGAAUUCUUGGGUGAAAAGUGCGGGCUUAUCCCUCAAUGA